AUGGAGUUCGCAUUUCUUACGCCUCCAGAAAACGAGAUAGAAGCUGACAAACGCGGAGUAAUGGUGUCGAUGAGUACAACCUUCUAUCCUCGGGAGGAUCAUCCAACGGAUUUGAUCAUCUUGACCUCGGACAAUGUCUUCUUCUCGGUUCACACGUCUGUUUUGCUCGAGAAGUCGACAAACAAAUUUGGUGGGCUCAUCGCAUCAGUUGACACCCAGUCCAUCACAGUGCCAGAAUCAUCUGAUUCAAUCAAUCUUCUACUACAUGCGUUUUACAACUAUGACCCCACAAACUAUAUCCCUACUCUUGCGCAGAUAUCGACCAUGCUCUCUGCUGUUCCAAAAUAUGGCCUCGCGCCCGACGGACUAUUCGCGCGAGGCACGCCAUUCUUUAAUCUGACGCUCAACCUCGCGCUCUCUUCUCCACUGGAGACGUUUGCCGUAGUCUGCCAGCACAACCUCGAGGAACUCGCAGUCGAGGUCUCGCACCACUUGAUCGCAAUCCCGUUGCACAACCUGACCGACGACCUCUGUGCACGUAUAGGGCCCAUCUAUCUCCGCAGACUCGUCUUCCUACACCUUGGCAGGACGGAACGUCUCAAGAACCUCCUCCGUAUCCCGCCAGCUGGUCACGAACCGAACCAGCAGUGCGAUAAGAUCGAUCAGAAGCGAAACCUCGAGCAUCUCUGGAUAGAGGCCACAAGUUCCCUCGCCUGGGACUUGAAUGCUAGCACCCCUGUCUCCCUCUUCCAUGCUGUCCUCAGCCCGCUCGCGGACAAGGUCUCCUGUGUCGAGUGUAAAACGUCCUUCAAGGAGAGUAUUCGCAAACUUAUUGUCGACUGGACAAUGGUCAAGACCACCAUCUGA